AUGGGCUGCACCGUGAGCCUGGUGUGCUGCGAGGCGCUCGAGCCUCUGCCUUCUUGUGGCCCGCAGCCCCCCGGGACUCCGCCGGGCCCCGCGCGGCCCGAGCGCUCUGAGCCCGGGGGUGCGGCGUCCAUCCAGAGGAGGAGGCUGCUGCUUCAGCCAGAAGACCUGGAGGCCCCCAAGACCCACCACUUCAAGGUGAAGGCCUUCAAGAAGGUGAAGCCAUGUGGCGUCUGCCGGCAGGCCAUCACUCGGGAAGGCUGUAUUUGCAAAGUCUGCAGCUUCUCCUGUCAUCGGAAAUGCCAGGCCAAGGUGGCUGCCCCUUGCGUUCCUCCAUCCAGCCAUGAACUGGUGCCCAUCGCCACGGAGAGUGUGCCCAAGAAUGUAGUAGAUGUGGGGGAAGGAGACUGCCGGGCUGGAAGUACUCCGAAAAACCUGGAGGAGGCCGGCUCCAUGAGAGUUUCUCCAAGCAUACAGCCACAGCCACAGCCUAUCAGUCUCUCUAGAAACCUGAGUGUGAACCGAGCCAUGGAAGACAGCUGUGAGCUGGACCUGGUGUAUAUCACCGAACGCAUCAUCGCCGUGUCCUUCCCCAGCACAGCUAAUGAGGAGAACUUCCGCAGCAACCUCCGUGAAGUGGCUCAGAUGCUGAAGUCCAAGCAUGGGGGCAACUACCUGCUGUUCAACCUCUCUGAGCAGAGGCCUGACAUCACAAAGCUCCACGCUAAGGUCCUGGAAUUUGGCUGGCCUGACCUGCACACACCAGCCCUGGAGAAGAUUUGCAGUGUCUGUAAGGCCAUGGACACCUGGCUCAAUGCAGACCCCCACAAUGUCGUUGUUCUCCACAACAAGGGAAACCGAGGCAGGAUUGGGGUCGUCAUUGCAGCAUAUAUGCACUACAGCAACAUUUCAGCCAGUGCUGACCAGGCUCUUGACCGGUUUGCAAUGAAGAGAUUCUAUGAGGACAAGAUCGUGCCAAUUGGCCAGCCAUCCCAGAGGAGAUAUGUGCACUACUUCAGCGGCCUACUCUCCGGCUCCAUCAAAAUGAACAACAAGCCUUUGUUUCUGCAUCAUGUGAUCAUGCAUGGCAUCCCCAACUUUGAGUCUAAAGGAGGGUGCCGGCCCUUUCUUCGCAUCUACCAAGCCAUGCAACCUGUGUACACAUCUGGCAUUUACAACAUCCCUGGAGACAGCCAGGCCAGCAUCUGUAUCACCAUCGAACCAGGGCUGCUCCUGAAAGGAGACAUCUUGCUGAAGUGUUACCAUAAGAAGUUCCGGAGCCCGGCUCGAGACGUCAUCUUCCGAGUGCAGUUCCACACCUGUGCCAUCCAUGACUUGGGGGUCGUUUUUGGAAAGGAAGAUCUGGAUGAGGCCUUCAAAGAUGAUCGAUUUCCUGACUAUGGCAAAGUGGAGUUUGUCUUUUCCUAUGGACCAGAGAAAAUCCAAGGCAUGGAGCACCUGGAGAACGGGCCCAGUGUAUCUGUAGACUAUAACACUUCUGACCCCCUCAUCCGAUGGGAUUCCUAUGACAACUUCAAUGGGCAUCGUGAGGAUGGCAUGGAAGAAGUGGUGGGACACACCCAAGGGCCGCUGGAUGGGAGCCUGUAUGCCAAAGUGAAGAAGAAGGACUCCCUGAAUGGCAGUUCGGGGCCUAUCACUACCGGAAGGCCUGCCCUGUCAGCCACUCCCAACCACGUGGAACACACACUGUCUGUGAGCAGCGACUCCGGCAACUCCACAGCCUCCACUAAGACAGACAAGACUGAUGAGCCAGUCUCUGGGGCUGCCACUGCCCCUGCUGCCCUGAGUCCUCAGGAGAAGAAAGAGCUGGAUCGCCUACUAAGUGGCUUCGGUGUAGAUAGAGAGAAGCAAGGUGCCAUGUACCGGGCUCAGCAACUCAGAUCCCACCCAGGCGGGGGCCCGACUGUGUCCUCCCCUGGCCGCCACAUUGUCCCAGCUCAGGUUCAUGUCAAUGGUGGGGCCCUGGCAUCUGAGCGGGAGACGGACAUUCUGGAUGAUGAGCUGCCCAUCCAGGAUGGGCAGAGUGGGGGCAGCAUGGGAACACUGUCUUCCCUGGAUGGGGUCACCAACACCAGUGAAGGUGGCUACCCAGAGACCCUGUCCCCACUGACCAAUGGUCUGGACAAAUCCUAUCCCACAGAACCUAUUCUCAACGGGGGAGGCUACCCCUAUGAGUCUGCCAACCGGGUGGUACCUGUUCACAGCAGUCACUCGGCUCCCAUUCGACCCUCCUACUCUGCUCAGGAGGGUUUAGGUGGCUACCAGCGUGAGGGACCCCACCCGACCUGGUCAAAACAAGUGACCAGCGCUCACCAUGGCUAUGACCCCAGUGGUCUAUUCCGAUCCCAGUCCUUUCCAGAUGUGGAGCCUCAGCUGCCCCAAGCUCCAGCCCGUGGGGGCAGCAGCCGAGAGGCUGUGCAGAGGGGCCUGAAUUCAUGGCAGCAGCAGCAGCAGCAGCAGCAGCAGCAGCAGCCCCAUCCACCUCCCCGCCAGCAGGAGCGAUCCCCACUGCAGAGUCUUGCCUGCAGCAAGCCUAGCCCCCAUCUGUCAGCAGAGACCCCCAUACCCGCUCUCCCAGAGUUCCCAAGGGCAGCCUCCCAGCAGGAGAUUGAGCAGUCCAUCGAAGCCCUCAAUAUGUUGAUGCUGGACUUGGAGCCAGCCUCAGCUGCUGCCCCUCUUCAUAAGUCCCAGAGUGUCCCUGGAGCCUGGCCAGGGGCUUCCCCACUCUCUUCCCAGCCCCUCUUGGGGUCUUCCUGCCAGUCCCACCCACUGACCCAGUCCAGAUCUGGCUAUAUCCCCAGUGGGGACACCCUGGGAGCCCCGGAGCUGCUCUCUUCUGGAAGGUCUUACUCACCUUACGAUUAUCAGCUGCAUCCAGCUGCAUCCAACCAGAGUUUCCAGCCAAAAAGUCCAGCCUCUUCCACCUUCCUUCCAAGCCCUCAUAGCUCUGCAGGGCCUCAGGAGCCCCUAGCCUCUCUCCCUGGUCUCAUCGCCGAGCCUCAGCUCCCACUGAAGGAAACUACUUCAGAUCCCUCCCAAACUCCGGAGGAAGAGCCGCUGAACCUGGAAGGGCUGGUAGCCCAUCGGGUAGCAGGGGUUCAGGCUCGGGAGAGGCAGCCUGCAGAGCCCCCAGCCCCACUCCGGAGGCGGGCAGCCAGUGAUGGACAGUAUGAGAACCAGUCUCCGGAGGCCACAUCCCCCCGUAGUCCUGGGGUCCGCUCCCCCGUCCAGUGCGUCUCCCCUGAGUUGGCUCUUACCAUUGCCCUCAACCCUGGAGGGCGCCCCAAAGAGCCCCAUUUGCAUAGCUACAAGGAGGCCUUUGAGGAAAUGGAGGGGACCUCCCCAAGCAGCCCACCACCCAGCGUGGCACGUUCUCCUCCAGGUCUGGCUAAGACACCGCUGUCUGCUCUAGGCCUGAAACCCCACAACCCAGCGGACAUCUUGCUGCACCCCACGGGUGAGCCCCGGAGCUAUGUGGAGUCCGUUGCAAGGACAGCAGUGGCAGGCCCUCGAGCUCAGGACUCGGAGCCUAAGAGCUUCAGUGCACCAGCCACCCAUGCCUAUGGCCAUGAGACACCCCUGAGAAACGGGACUCCCGGAGGCUCCUUUGUCUCCCCCAGCCCCCUUUCCACAAGCAGUCCCAUCCUCAGUGCUGACAGCACUUCCGUGGGCAGUUUCCCAUCAGCGGGGAGCAGUGACCAGGGUCCCCGGACACCCAUCCAGCCCAUGCUGGACUCCAGCAUUCGCUCAGGCAGCUUGGGGCAGCCAAGCCCUGCAGCCUUGAGUUAUCAGAGCUCCUCACCUGUCCCUGUUGGUGGCAGCAGCUACAGCAGCCCUGACUACUCCCUUCAACCAUUCAGCUCUUCUCCAGAAAGCCAGGGCCAGCCACAUUUCAGUGCGGCCAGCGUCCACAUGGUACCUGGGAGCCCUCAGGCACGACACAGGACAGUGGGCACCAACACUCCACCUAGUCCCGGUUUUGGUCGGCGGGCCAUCAACCCCACCAUGGCUGCCCCUGGUAGUCCCAGUUUGAGCCACCGACAGGUGAUGGGUCCAUCUGGUCCAGGUUUCCAUGGUAACGUGGUUUCUGGCCACCCAACCAGUGCAGCGGCGGCUCCUGGAAGUCCCAGCUUGGGCCGGCACCCAGUGGGAAGCCAUCAAGUUCCAGGUCUCCACAGCGGUGUGGUCACUACUCCAGGGAGCCCAAGCCUGGGCCGACACCCUGGGGCCCACCAAGGGAAUCUGGCCUCCAGUCUCCAUGGCAAUGCAGUCAUUAGCCCUGGGAGCCCCAGUUUGGGCCGGCACCUGGGUGGGUCUGGAUCUGUGGUUCCUGGAAGCCCCAGCUUGGACCGGCAUGUAGCUUAUGGUGGCUACUCUACCCCCGAGGACCGAAGACCCACACUGUCCCGGCAAAGCAGUGCCUCAGGCUACCAGGCUCCUUCCACACCGUCAUUCCCUGUUUCUCCUGCCUACUACCCUGGCCUGAGCAGCCCUGCCACCUCACCCUCGCCAGACUCAGCAGCCUUCCGGCAAGGGAGCCCCACACCAGCCUUACCAGAGAAGCGGAGGAUGUCAGUGGGAGACCGGGCAGGCAGUCUCCCCAACUAUGCUACCAUCAAUGGGAAAGUGUCCUCCUCGCCUGUCGCCAAUGGCAUGGCCAGCCCCAGUGGGAGCAGCACCGUUUCCUUCUCUCACACGCUUCCAGACUUUUCCAAGUACUCGAUGCCAGAUAAUAGUCCGGAGACACGGGCUAAAGUGAAGUUUGUCCAGGACACUUCCAAGUAUUGGUACAAGCCUGAGAUCUCCAGAGAGCAGGCCAUUGCACUCCUGAAGGAUCAGGAGCCAGGGGCCUUCAUCAUCCGAGACAGCCACUCCUUCCGAGGGGCUUAUGGACUGGCCAUGAAGGUGUCCUCACCCCCUCCAACCAUUACUCAGCAGGGCAAGAAAGGAGACAUGACCCAUGAGCUGGUGAGGCACUUUCUGAUCGAGACAGGCCCUAGAGGAGUCAAGCUCAAGGGCUGUCCCAAUGAGCCAAACUUUGGCUCCCUUUCUGCCCUCGUCUAUCAGCACUCCGUCAUCCCACUGGCCCUGCCCUGUAAGCUGGUCAUUCCAAGCCGAGACCCCACAGAUGAAUCAAAAGAUAGCUCAGGCCCUGCCAACUCAACCACUGACCUGCUGAAGCAAGGAGCAGCUUGCAAUGUGCUCUUCAUCAAUUCUGUGGAUAUGGAGUCACUCACCGGGCCACAGGCCAUUUCCAAAGCCACAUCUGAGACUUUGGCUGCUGACCCCACGCCAGCUGCCACCAUUGUUCACUUCAAGGUCUCUGCCCAAGGAAUCACACUGACUGACAAUCAAAGAAAGCUCUUCUUUAGACGACACUACCCCCUCAACACUGUCACCUUCUGUGACCUGGAUCCACAAGAAAGGAAGUGGAUGAAGACAGAGGGAGGUGCCCCUGCUAAGCUCUUCGGCUUCGUGGCCCGGAAGCAGGGCAGCACCACAGACAACGCUUGCCACCUCUUCGCAGAGCUUGACCCCAACCAGCCUGCGUCUGCCAUUGUCAACUUCGUCUCCAAGGUCAUGCUGAGUGCUGGCCAGAAGAGAUGAACGAAUCCUGGAGCCCUUGCCCGAGGCUGGGGCACUGGGGAUGGGGUGUGUGGGGAGGGGAUCUGCGAAUCCUGACCACCUUGAAUCCAGAACGAGGACUUUGGGUCGACCGUGGAGAAGGAGAGAAGAAAGUGCAAUGCUGGGAGAGGGAAGUGAAUUGUGGAGGGAGGGAGGGGAACGGGAGGAAGAGGAAGGAAGGAAGAAGAGAGGAACUCGAAAUCCCCUGUACAGAUGGAAGCCACACCUCCCAAAGCCUCUCCAGCUAGCUGGUGCCCCUCCCCCUCCGAGAGAAUUGAGCUCCCACAGGCACACAACCCUUGGGGGGACCCUAUUUCAUGGAGUAACAAAAAAGCUCGUUCUCCCUAACCCUCCUGCUUUGAGAGAAGAAAUCGAACUGAGGCUUCUUCUCUGGAGGUAAGGUUGCUGGUGGCCAGCUUAUGACAUCAAGCAGUGACACUUUUUCACAUUUUGCUCACCCGAGGCACCCCUGGUCUGUGCUUGCUCUGACUCCUUGUCGCAGGGUCCAAAUGUACUCCCACACGCUGAUCGAUACCUGCCUGUGUCCACUCACCUCAGAUUACAAACAGCUGUGCUUUGUCUGUGUCCCCUGUGAUACACAUAUACACACUGCCCACAGAACGCUAGGGAUAUAGGGUGGCAGGACCCCAGGUCAGAUGACAAGCUGUCUCCUGCAGGAGUCUAGCUUAUGGGUACAGAGUUCUCUCCGCACCUGCCCUCUAGUGGCUCUGGGGGCCUCCAGCCUGUCCUCCGCAGAGACUCUGGUACAGGGGGCAUGGCCGCUAGCAGCAUUCGAGCUGUUCUGUCUCCUGGAGACUGAAGUUGGCUUGGAGGAAGAGGUGAUGCCCACAGUCUGGGGAAGAAUACCCGUUAGGAAGGGAGGCAUCUUUUUUUGCGAUGUGGGGCUCACGGUGAAUUGGGCAUGCGCACUGUGCUGUGGGCUCAUGAGUUGGGCAUGCGCACUGACAAUGCCCAGGACUGCCUUACUCCCUUCCCUCAGCCCAAUUCUGGGCCAGCACUAUCCUUGCACUUGCUCAUCUUCUUGAAGCGUACUGGGGGAUGGGGGCCGUGCCUUUCUGACCUAUCCUGUCCUAAAGGGUCCUCAUGUUCGCUUAUCCCAGGAGCCUGCUUCCCGAAGUCCUGCCUAGGGCACCUGGGGGAACCCCUCCCCUCUGUUUUCCCCUCUGUAAGUGUUUUGGAGUCUGAUGUUGCAGACACCCUCUGUCUGGGCUGCUCAGGGUGACAUCAGAGCACCUCUGGGAAUGCUGCUGGAGAACUACAUGGUCCUCCCACAGUACCAAAGCUUCCCUGUUUCCCCUUUGGCCUCGGUCUCCCCAGCAGAACCAUGCUGUCUGUGGGACAGGGGACAAAAGGUAUGAAUUUAGGCCAAAGGUCCUAUGGUCCAUUUGCGGGGUUGCGAAGGCUCCUGCCACUGCUCGGGCCUCCAUUUAAGCGCAUGGGGGUCCUCAGGGGUGGCAUUGUACUGAUAUAUAAAUAUAUAUAAUAUAUACAUGAGACAUACUGAUAGAAUCUGUAAGCUAAUAAAAAAUAUAAGAAAAAGGUUAAAAAAAGAAUAGGUAAAUUGACAAGAAAUAUUUAUUGUUUUCCCAUAUUGCUUUAUUGUCCCUGGCCACAAACUGUUCCUAUCUGUUUUCUAACAGUAAGCAGUGCCUGACCUGCAGGGGGUCUUUAUAUUCCAAACAACCCAGGGCUAGCCUUGGCCUUGACCCUGGCCGUGGCUGCCCUAGGCUACAUCUGUGGGAUGGCAUGCUCCAGUUCUGGCAAACGGCAGCACGGUUGCCAACAUCCCGUAUUUGUGGACAGCUAGCAGCUUCCGUCCCCUCAGGCCUGAGCCAGGGUGUAUUUGGAGAUCAGGGUGUGUAUGGCCAUGGUGUGGCGUCUCUUGGAUUGUUUUCCUCCUCCAGGGAGCUUUGACUGUGUGGACAUUGUUUAAGGAGCUAGAAAGAGGGCCGGUGAGGAUCAGGAGCCCUCACUUCCCAAAGAAUAAAUGGGCUGAAUGAUCAAGGCUCUUCCAAGUGUCCUUCCCUCUGAGAUACUCAAGGCAAAUGUCUGGAUUUCCCAUUUCCUCAUCCCCCUAACGAAUCCUACUUCUCCCCAUGAUAGAAGGAGACGCUUCUCAUCCCUUUCUUUGUAAAUGAAAGACUCCCAUGUAGUCUGGGGAGUCUCCUCCUAGCUGGAAUGUUGUUCACUUGAGCCUUGGAGAAGCAUCAGAGCCUCUGCAUCCUGCCCUGGGCCAGACCCGAGUCUAGGAUCAGCCUUCAUGGAUGGUCUCACCUUCCCAUGCUGUGCUCAGGCCCAAGCCACGUGUGAGUCUCGUGAAUGACCAAGGUAGAUGCUAGCAAACGGGCGCCUCCUUCUCAGCCUGCCUCUAGGAAGAAUGGACACCAGAGUUUGGCUUUUCUGGAAGAAGGGUGGAGGGGACCUCACUUCUUACAGUGGGAACCACACUGUUGUCUGCCCCCUUCCUAAGUGUGAUUCUCACAGAUGGGCUCCUGCACACUCGCACACGUGCGCGAGCACACACACACAUACACACAGAGAGACCACUUGCACACAGAGCACUCCGUAUGCAACUCUGUAUUCUUGCCAAAGAUUUCCUUUAAACGAGAGCACUUUUCCCCACUGCUCUUUUGUGAAUGAUCUGUUCUGUUGUUGUUUAUUGUUGAAUCUGUGUAUCAACAGGGAGAGUGUUGUCCAUUCUUAGACAGGAAUGAAAGAGGGGGAGGGGAGACAGGAGAACAUGGCGGCCAGCGAUGCCCUUAACAAGACCCCUCAGGAACAGCCCAGGUACAAACGGCCUCCGGCCACUCGGAAGAUCUGAGGUUGGAGGUAGAUGGCAGAGAAGGGCACUGAUGGAGCCAGGAUUGGUGCCCGGGAAGUCCCCGACGGCUCUGGGGGUGGGGACAGGUGUGAAGACCUGGGUUGGAACAGGGUGGACAUGAAGACUGGGAAAAUUAACAGUUGCAUACUGAAGUUGUUACUGUGGACCCCUGGCUACCCUGCCCUGCCAUGUUUUAGGAAAGAAUCCAUAUUUUAGUUUUGAAAGGGGGCAUUUGAGUCUUCUCACCUGACCGCUUCCUAGCAGCUUAGCCUCAGGCAUGAUUGCCAGGAUUCCUGAUAGGCCCUGGCUUUGGAGAGUCCCUAGGGAUAACCCCUCUGGGGGUGUAGGGAGGACACUGUGGCUGUGCAUCCCUCUAAUAAGGGGCUUUCAGGAGAGAGAACCCUCCUGCUGCUGGGAAGUGCAGGAGAGACAAGUGAGUGAACCGUAUCCUUCCGGCUCUGGGUUUUCUUCAUCCUACCUCCCGGGACAUCUGACCCCCUUUCCCCAGCUUCAGAUCUUGGGGAGAUCCAUCCAAGGGAAUCAGCCCUCUCCUGCCUCCAUGUCUUGGGUCCCUGAAGAGCUUGGAACCCAAAGCUAGGGCCCACCCCUGCACUUAGGCCUUGGAUGAAGAUCUUGAGACUGGUGUUUGUGUGGUCAUUGGUGGACAGGAUGUAUGUGCGUGCGCGUGUGUGUAAGUGAGGGUGUGUGUGCGUGGUCUGCUUAUCUCUAGGGAACUUCGAGGUGGGAAGUGGGAGGUGGGAGGUGGAGGGACCCAGUAGUGAGAAGAACUAGGAGGUGAGGCCUAAUGGGCCGCAGAUUGGUCAUGUUUUAGUGCUGAUGACAGAGGGGCCAGUCCCAGGGGAGGAGGCUUGGCGGGCCACUUUCUUGUCUCCUGUCUCAUCAAACUUGGAGCGUCUCAGUCAUUUUCCAUGCCUGGGCCCCUCACAGCAGCAAGGCUACAGAAGUGCGACACACCCAGUGUGUGUCAGUGUUCACAGUCCAGCCCUCCCUGAGGACCCACAUUUGGCUCGUAUGUGUGUGAGCACGUUGGGGUGCGCAUGAGGUAUCUCCCCAGUCUCUUCCCUCUGUUGCCCGAAUCAAAGGUAAGACGUCCCUCACGUCCUGAUCAUCCCAACUCUGCCUCCCAGGCCCUCUGCUGGGAAACCCACACCCGGAGUCCAUGCCCUGCCCCCGCCCCCGGCUGUGUAUUUAUAGAUGGAAAUAUACUUUAUAUUUUGUAUCAUUGUGCCUAUAGCCUCUGCCACCUUGUAUAAACCCUGAUGUAUGCUAAGUGUUCUGGACAUGAAUGUAUGUACACUGAUGCUGUCCCCUCUGUACAGCUGCUUACUCUCACCAUCCAUGUAUGGCUUUAUAAAGGAUAAAGUUAAACACAAA